AUGGAUUCUGGUUUCCCUUAAAUAAAUAAUAAAGAUGCAAUAGAAAAUUUAAAAACGAUUUUUGAAAGGAUUAGAAAAAGAUAAUAUAUUCGUCCUGUGUUUAUUAUAAAUGAGUUAAAAAAAAUUAUUGAUUAAUUGGAUUAAGAUGAUUAAUAAAAAAUAAUAUAAUUUAUGAUAUAGGAAUUUAAUGGUGAAGAAAUACUUGAAUAAAGUGGAUAUGUCAAAAUAUCAAAUAAUUAAGAAUUAUAUUAGAGAGCAAGGAUUAACAAAGAUAAAAAACUUAUUUUAUAGUCUUUAAAAAACUCUUAGUUUAAUAAGGAUAACGAAAUUCAUUAUCUUAUUUCAAAAAAUGAAUAAAUAAUUUCUAAUUUAGAGGAAAAAAUUUUUGAUUUGCUUGAUUUAAAUGAAUGUAGAUUAGGAAAAAAAUUCAUUCAAUAAAUAAAAUUACUUCAAACUUUAAUUUCCUUUCUCUUUCUUCCAAAUAUAUAAUAGCAGAUAAAUAUUAUAGAAUAAAUUAUAGGUGCCUAAUUAACACCUUAAAUAAAUUAAUUUCAAUUUUACCUUGAAAAAAAAUAAAAUAUUGAUAAAGAUUCUUAUAAAAAAAUAAUCAAGAAAUUAUAAGAAAGAUAAUUAUAGUUAAUAUCUUCAGAGGAAUUUAAAAACUAUAUAAAAUAAAUGAAAGAUUAUAAUUUUUUUUUAGCAAUUGAUUCUCUUAUUGAAAAUUAUAAAGAAUAUCGAGAAUUUUUAAUUUUAAAAUUUUGUAGCUUAUUGUAAUGUUAGAAGCAUGAAUUUAAAUUGGAUGCCUUACUUUCUUAUAUUUAAUCUAUUGAAAAAAUUAAUGAAGAAAUAGAAGAGGUAUAUUAUUGUAUUAUAUUUUAUUUUUGGAUGAAUUAUUUGAUUUAAUUUGAUAUAUCAUAAGGAUUCUCAGAUAUUUAAAAUAUUUGUAAAAUAGAGGGGAAAAGUAGAGAAGAUGUUAUGAAAUAAAUUAUUGAAGAGUAAAUAAAUUCAAAUAAAGAUUAAAUUUUAAAUUAAUUUGUUCAUACAGUAUUUUAUUUUUCAAACGAUUUUUAAGUUUAACAUUAUUAAGAGUAUAAGAAAAAAUUAUCAGAUAUAAAAACAACAAUUUGUGAAACUUCUGUAAAAUUGUCAUCAUAAUUUUGGUAAAAUGUCUCUGAAUUAUAAUAUUGUUAAUUAAAUGAAAUUUAAGAAGAAAGAGAAUUGGUUCAUUUUUUUUGGAUUACUUAAUUUAAUCCUUAAAUAUUGGAUAUUAUUCAAUAAAUAAAAGCAUAGAAAAGUUUAAGUAUUUUUGAAGCAGCUAAAUUACUAAAAGAUAAAUUUAAAGAAACAUAAUUAGAAAAUAUAAAUUUUAUAAUUAAAAAUAUUUUGAUGAUUCUUCCUUACAGUUUUUAAUAUAUAGAUAAAUAACACAUGAUUCUAUUCAUAGAGUUUUAUUUAAAAUUAAAUACAUAAAAUGAAUAAUUCUAGAAAAUAAUCGAAUAAAUAUUCCUUUCCUUAAAAAAUAAUAAUUUUAAAGAUUCAAAAUUUAUUUAGGCGUGCGAAUAACUUUAUGAAUUAGACAAAACAUUAUAUGAAAAUUGGUUAGGAAUUAUUGAGUAUUUUAACAUUUUCUAAUUAAACCCUAUUUGUUAAAGACAGAAAAAGAUUCAUAAAUAAUUUCCAAAAGGUUCGAAAAUAGCAAUAGAACAAUUCAGCUUUUAUGCUCCAGAAGAAUAAAAUCAACUACUUUUUUCAACAAUAAAAAAUUGGGUUUAAUGUAUGGAUGCAAAUUCUACAUAUUAUCUAUUUGAUAUAUUUGUAGAUAUUUUAAAAAGAGGUGAAUCGUUUGAUCUUUUUCUUAAAAUUAUAAACGAAGAAAUUUAGAAAAUUUCCUAAUUUAAAUCAGGAUACUUAAAUAUCAAAGCCAUUUUUCAAAUCUUUUUUAAUAAUUCAAAUUAAGAAUUAGAAUAUUUGCUUCUUAAGUAUCAUUCAAAAAUUUAUCCUGUUCCAUUUAUAUACUAAACUUAUAAACUUGAUAAUGUUUAAAAUUUUUAAGAUAUAUAUGAAAUAAAUGAUAAAUUGUAUUACUUGAUGAAAAAUAGUAUCAAUAUUAUAAAUUUUAAUUUAAGUAAAAACUAAUCAAAAAUAGGUAAAACAGAAUUGAUAAAUAACAUCUUUUAUAAACAAUAAAAAUUUGAAAUAAGAGAUAAUUGUUAAUUGAAUGAUAAUACAAUAGAUUUGAUGUUUGAUUAUGAAUUUAAUGGUACAAGGAACUUUAUGGUUGCAGAUACACAUGGAUAUAUUCCAUUAGAUAUUUUAAUUAAAGUUUUACCUCUAUUUUAAAUUUGGAUAAUUCAAAUAGAUACAGAAAAUGAAUUAAAUAAUACUAUUGAAAUAAUAAAAUCAAUUUAACAUCUUAAUUCUUAUUAAAUAUGUCUCCUCAUUCGAAAUUCAAAUAAAAGUUAAAUACCAGAAUAAACUUUAAGGGAAUUAAAAUAAUUUAAUAUCACUUUUCAUUAAAUUAUUGAUCUAGCAUAAGGAGAAAUCAAUAAAUAAGUUUAACUAAAUGAGAUUGAUUAAGCUUCAAAAUAUAUUUAUGAUUAAAUAUUUGCAUAGUAGGAUUUGAUAACAGAAUCUAAUAAAAUAUAUUUAAAAAUCCUUUAAGAAUUCAAUUCCAAAUCUAAAGAAAAUUCAGAAGAGAUUAUUUAAAAUCAAAUUCUAUUUGACACUAUAGAGAAAGAAUUAAAAAGAAUAUUUGAAUUAGAUUAGGGAUUCUAUGAUUUAGAAGCUUUUUCUUUGCGCCACAGUGAUUUUUAGAUUAAUAUAUUGGAAAACAAAAUUCACUAAAUGUUGUAGCAUCCAAGUUAAGAUUAAUCGAUUAAAGAAGUAGAGGAGCAAAUUUAAGACUAUUAAAUCUUUAAAAAAUAUAGAAUACCUACAAAAUUAUUAAAGCUAUUUUAAUAAAUAUUAAAAAAAGAUCAUAUUUAGUAUUUAUGGUUUAUUGAAAAAUUGAAACAAUUUGAUGAGGAAAAUAUGUAAUAAUUAACAUUGAGAUCUUAAAAUCUUAUUCAAGAACGAUCAUCCAUAAGAGUUAGUAGUUAAAUAUUAUUUUCAAAUUAAUCUUAAGAAUUAAAUUAAUAAUUUUCGGAGGUUUAAAAUUAAAUUCAGGAAAUUGAGAAUCUUAUUAAAUUUAAAAAAAUUAGUAUAGAGAUAUUUUGGAGAGAAUUAAUUUAAUUCAAAAGUCUAGGAAUAAAAAUUGAUAUUGAUCCGAUUGAUUCACUUUGUUAAUUAAUCAGAAAAGGGGAACCCUUUGAACUUUUAGAUAGUGAUACUUAAAAAAUAAAUAAGUAAUUUUUAAGUCAAUUAAUAGAAAAACUAAAUAAAAAUAAAGAUUAAAAAGUUUUAAUUUUAAGUGUUUUAGGACCUUAAAGUUCAGGUAAAUCAACCCUAUUAAAUAAAAUAUUUGGAUGUCAUUUUUUGGAAAGUGUGGGAAGAUGCACAAAAGGAGUUAAUAUACAAUUAAUAAAAGUGAGAGAAAAAUCUACUUAUGAAAAUUUAUUUGAUCAAAUUUUGAUACUGGAUACUGAAGGACUUUAAAGUCCAAAUCAAAUUGAUAAUGAAUUUGAUAAAAAAAUGUCAUUGUUUAUUUUAGCAGUUAGCGAUAUUAUUUUAUUAACAAUCAAAGGAGAUAUUCUUUCAUAAUUUCAUAAACUUAUUGAAAUUUCUAUUUAAUAAUAUGCUCAACUAAUUAAAAACAUGGCAGCAAUAAAAUAGAUAGUAUGGUGCUUUAAUUAAAAUAAUGAUGUGUAAAAGAAAGGACCUUUUCUUGAACAAAUACAAUAAUUAGCUAUACACUUAAGUUAAGAGGAAUAAAAUUAAUAAAUUGAUUAUUCAAAUAUUAUAGAUAUCAAUCCAAAACAUAUUUGGGUCUUAGGAUUUACUUAAAUAUAGAAUAUUUGGAAUUCUUAAUAGUGGACUUAAUCAAAAAUUAAUGAAACAUUUUCUACCAGUGCUUAUUAAAAUGGAAUUAAAAUGAUUAAAAAUUAUUUUGAAAAAUUUCAACUCUCCAUUGAUAAAGUAUAAUUAUUAAAUCUAACUUAAAUAUUAAACUCUAUUGAUGAAAUUUGGAAUAGCAUUUAAAAAUUGCCUGAUUUUUCUGAAUUUGAAGAACUUCUACAAUUACAUUAAAAUAUAUAAAUGAAAAAUGAAUAUAACAAUAUUUUUGAAAGAAGAAGUGGAGAUUUUGAAUUUAAAAAUUAAAUUAGAUUUUAGAUUAAUGAUUCUACUCUAAAUAAUUAAAUAACUUUCUAACAUUUAUAAUAAUUAGAAUAUGAUGUGACAAAUGAGGUUAGUAACAAACUACAAAGGAUUUAAGAAAAUAUAAAUUAAGAUCUUAUAAAUUAUUAAUAAGAGAAAAAGAUUUCUAAAAAAAUUUAUUUAAAAUUUUAAGAUUAAUUAGAAUAAUAAAUUCAUAAUGAAAAAUUAGCCUGCAAACUAAUAAUUACAGAAUCAAUUAUUCUUCAAUUAAUUGAGUAUUAUAAACAAAAAGGUUUUCAAGAUUUAUCUGAGCGCGUUAGAUUUUAGUAUGAAGAAGCUUAAUAAGAAUAAAUCAACGAGAAAAAUAUGGAAUAAUUUCAUUAAGAGUGGGAUAAUAUUGUAAAAUAAUUUUCUAAAAAUUUACGAUAAUAAUUUUAUAGAUUUUAAAAUUUGCAAUAUGAAACCAUAAAAGGCUAAUAUAAUGAAUUUAUUUUGAGAUCAACCAAAGAAACUAGCUAUCUUUAAUUAUUGAGAGAUUAAAUAGACUAAAAUUAGGAAGGAAAAGAUUAAUUAUUUCAAUUAUAUUCUUAAGAGUUGAAUGAGACUUAAUUUAGACCUAUUUUUAAAACAGAUAAAUACUACAAUAUCUCUCAAUAAACUUUAUAACAAAAAAUCCAAGAUUUUGAUGGACCAAAUUAUAUCAAUUUUUUAAAAUUUUAUCGAUGUUAAAUAAAAAUCAAAUAUAUUCAGAAAGAUCAUCUUUAAGAAGGCUUUAAUAAAUUUAUUUCUGAUCUUAUUUACAGUUUUUAAACUGAGGGAAACAAUAUUCAAUAAUUAUAAUGUAUUUUUGAUCAUUUUUAGUUAUAAAUUGAUCCAAAUCUUUAAUAAUUUAUGAAUCAAUAGCAUUCUUAAUUAAAUACAGAUUAAUUUAGAGAAUUUUAAAGAUUAUUAAUGUCAAUAUAAAUACCCUAGGAUCUACAGAAACCAAACUUUUUGGAAUAUAAUAAUUUUCCUCCUUAGAUUUAUAAUAAGCUAAAUUACAUAAAUAUUUUUUAAGAAGAAAAAUAAUUGUUAUGUUUUGAAGUAAAAUAAUAUUUAGAAUAAAAGUGUAAUGAAUUUUACAUUAUUUCAUAAAAAUUUAAAUUUGAAUUUAAUGAUGAUGUAGAUUAUCAAUAAUAUUAAAACUAUUUUGAGUAAAUGUAAUUUUAAAAUUACAAUCUAAAUCUUUAAAAUAAUUUUUGCUAGUCUUUUACAGAUAGAAUGAAAAUAGAUUAAUCGUGGGAUCAAUUAUACACAGAAACUUAUUAAUUCAUUUCAUAAGAAAUAAUUAAUUAGCAUUCAACUUAGUUUUAUUAGUAAUAGUAAGUAGGAGUGUCGUCGUAUAAUAUGCAAAAAGUAAAUAUACUCAUUGAUAAAUUAAAUACAGAUUUAAUAUAAAAUAAGUUUAAUAAAUCAUUUGCCUAUUUUGGGCUUACAUUAAAUAGAUUAGGAGAAAGAUGUAUAAUAUUUUUUAGUUUAUUAAUUAUUUGGAAGUUUAUUUGCUUUUAAUAAAUGUAAUCAGUAAGAAAAAUAAUAGAUCAAUUGGAAUAAAGUAAAUAAAAUUAAUUUGAGAAGAUUCUAGCUGAAAACAAAGAUGAUAAAAAUGAAUUGAGCAAAAAAUCUGUUAGAUAGUUUAUGAACUAAAUAAAUUCUAAUUUUAAAUAGUAAUUUUAUAAAAAUAGUAGGAAAGAAGUGGAAGAUAUGAUUAAUUAGUAAAAUUAUAACCCAGUCAAAGAGCUUGAUUAAUAAAUGUUUAAUGACAUAAAUAAGAGAGAAUAGGUUAUUGAUUAUAUAUUAAAUUAAGAUAAAAAGAUUUCAGAAUACAUGAAUAAUAAAAUAUAAACUUUCUAAGAAUAAUUGGUAGAGAAUCUCUAAAAUAAAAUAAACGUUUAAUUUGAGAAUUUUAAAAAAAUAAUUUCAGCUAAUGCUCAAUAGUUACAAGAAUAAUUAAAGCUAAGAGAUAUCUAAGUUAAAGAAUGCUUUGAAAAUCCAGAAACAGAUGCAGAGGUAAAAAUGUUUGAAAUUGUAUUUUCUUAUCUAUAAGGAAAUUAAUCUCCUAAUGUAAAUUAACUCAAAUAAAUAUAUAGAUUUAUUUUUAAUCAAAAUAAUAUAUAACAAGUUUAGAUUUAACUUAGUUAAUUUAAGGAUACUAAAGUUUAUAUUUUAGAUGUUUUUGUUUCUGAAUUUCUUUAAACAAUUUAAUAAGAGACAAGCCCUCUAAUCAAAUUUGAAGAAUUAGAUUUACAAGAUUAAUUUCAAAAAAUAGUAUAAAGAUGUGAAAAAAAAUGUAACUUUUGCAAUAGAAUAUGUGACCUAGAAUAUAAUCACUAAUCAAACCACAAAUGUUUAAAUGGGCAUUUUUUAAUAGGUAUAAAUACUUAAUAUUAUAGCAAUGUUUCCCCAAAUAGAAAAUGAGAAAAUAAUUUCAUCUUUAAAUACCUGUGAUGAGCUUUUUCUAAACAGACAAAAUAAAGAUUAAUUUUUACGAAUGUCUUAAGAUUCAAAAUAAUAAUGGGAUUUCAAAAUCUAAUUAACUAAAAAUGAAAAAAAUCAUUUAAAAUUCAAAUUGCUAAAAAUUUGGAAGUUAUAUGGAGAAGAAAUUUGCAAAAAAUUAGGAAAAAAUUUUUUAAAUAAUGUGGUUGAAUCAAACUCAAAUAGAAUUCAUUAUAUUUUCAUGUUGGAUAGUUCAAGCUCUAUGGAUAAAGAUUGGACUGAUAUUAAAAAAGGGGUUCGAGGUUGUAUAUCUAAUAUAAAGCAGAAUGAUAUCGAAUUUAAUAGUGAAGCUAAGAUAAGCCUCAUACUUUUUAAUAAAACAGUAAAAAUAUUGAAAAAUGCAAAAAGAGCCAAAGAUAUAGAAGAUCACAUAAAAAUGAAUCAUUUAGGUGGAGGAACAGAUUUUUCUAAACCAUUCAAAAAAGCUAGAAAAAUUAUUAGUCAGGACUCAUCAUCCUAAUAGUAAAUUUAUAAUUAAUCUUAUAGAUAUUUAAUAUUAUUCUACUCAGAUGGUAAAGCUAAAAAACCAGAAGAAUAACUACAAAAAAUAAAAUAUUUAAAUAAAAAAAUUUAACUCAUAGCAUGUACUUAAAUUGAAAAUGGAUAAAAUAAAACGUUAGAGGAAAUAGUUAAUUGUUUUAAAAAUGAAACUAAAAGAGCAAAUUUAUUCUUUUCUUUUUCUGCAGAACAUAUGAUUUCCCUUUGGUAAAUCAUUAUUAAUUCUAGAUUGAACAUUUGA